AGCCGCCAACCCAGCGCGCUCGCGCUCAAUGCUAUCGCGCUGGUGCCGACGGCGCGUGCCGAGAGCCACUGCCCGUCGGCUCGGCACGCUGCCCUUUCGGAUCCGUGCGCCGCUCGCGCGCCUCAUAGAGCGCAAGGCACCCGCUGCCGAGGCCUUUCGCGCGCCGGCGCUCGGUGAUGGCGAGGCGCUGACCUCGGCGACGGCGGCGCCCGACUACCUGGCACUCGCGCUCCGCUCGCGCGUGUACGACCACCUUGGCGAGACACCGCUCCAGCACGCGCCUGCUCUGAGCGAGGCUCUCGGCGCCUCCGUCCACAUCAAGCGCGAGGACGUGCUUCCGGGCUUCACCUUCUAUGCGCGAUGCGCCGUCAACGAGCUGGCCACGCUCCGCGCCUCCUCCGGGGCGGCGCCUCCGCGGCUCGUGACGGCGUCGAUCGGCUCGCGCGGCCACGCCCUCGCAUGGGCGGCAGAUCGGCUCGGCCUCGACCUCACCGUGGUGAUGCCUUCGCCGACGCCGUCGUCGCGCCGCGACGCUGUCUCGCGGCUCGGCGCCUCGGUGCUCAUUCACGGCGAGACGCUCGUCGACUCGCAGGGCGAGGCGGCAAGGCUGGCCGCCGAGGAGGGGCUCGUUGCGGUCGGCUCACACGACGCGCCGCCGGUGCUCGCCGCCACCGGCACCGUCGGGCUCGAGCUGCUGCGGCAGCACGGCGCCGCGGCGGCGGCGCUGUCGCGCGCCGCGGAGUCUCCCCUGGGAGGGACGGCAGACGCACAGCGCGCCCAGUCUCCGGCGCGUGAUACCGCACCGCCCACGGGGCUGAACCCACGGGCCUGAGCCCACGGCGGGUUCGGUACUAUGGACGUAUGGUAGUAGGGCACGCCUCUGGCGCGGCCUGGCGUGGCGGAGAGCGUCACUAGAAGCCGAACACGCAUUCUUGUCUCCCAACCAGCGCUCGACAGGACACGGAUUCCACAGUCUUCCGCCGCCUUCCGCUGCAUUCCGCUGUCUUCCCCCUCCGUUGUGUUCCCGCCCUGAUGUUGGCGUCUUCACAGCACGUAGGAGAGCGGCCGGCCCGACGGCGUGUUCGUGAGCGUCGGCGGCGGCUCGCUGCUGGCUGGGGUGGCGAGUGUGCUGAAGAGCACGUGGCCGGCGACCAAGGUGAUCGCUGUCGAGCCUCGCUCGGCGGACCUUCUCUCGCGCUCGCUGAUGGUUGGCACGCGCAUCACCGACGGAGGGCCCGCGGGUGAGAAGGCUGCGGAGGGCGUCGCCGUCGGCCAGAUCGGACCCGAGGUGUUCCGCAUCUGCGACGCACUCGUCGACGAGGUGAUGCUCGUCGCCGAGCGCGAGAUCGCCGCCGCUGUCCGCGACGUCUUCCUCGACACGCGCGCCGUGCUCGAGCCCGCCGGCGCCGUCUCGGUGGCCGGUCUCAAACAGUACGUCGCCCGCCGCCCGCCAGCGCCGAGCGCGCCGCCGCCCGCGUUCGUCGCCAUCGCCGGCGACGCGUCCAACAUCGAGUUCAGCAACAUCUGGAGCGUCAACAGUUUGCUGGAGCGCGUCGCGCAGGCAGAGCGCACCCCCGCGGAGUAGACGGCGGCAGGCGGCGGCGGCCGAGUCUACGGCGGCUACGUCCUACGUGUACCGCUUGGUGUGAUCGCGAGUCGACCGUUGCAGGAGAUCGCCGACGCCCGGAGUAUGCCACCGAUUGCGCGACUGCAGUCGGCAGGGCUCUCUAUUGCGAGACCCCUCGCGACCUCGCUUCUCGCGAUCCCACCCCCGACCACUAUCUCCCCUAUCUAUUGUAUUGACCGGACUAUUGUCUCGCUUGUCUUCAACUUGAACUAUGGCGAAUGCGUACAGCCGUCUACAGUAACUAUAGUGCACAGUGUCUCUGUCUGUUUCUCUUGCACUCAGAUCCACAGACAACCCAUCGAGAUCACUUUUAUAUAGAGAGAGCACACAACCU